AUGGGUUCCAUUCCCGAAAGAGUUCCCUUGGACGCCUCCGUGGCCAUUCAAGCCAAUGAUGCCAAGAGUGUGGCAGACCUGUCGUCUACGAUCGGAAACCUCGGCGCUUCUUGGUCUCCAAGUGACGACGAUGCCCGCCAGAAGCUUCUGAAGCAAGCUCGUUCGUUGGUGUUGGCAUUGGAGACACCCAGGGAAACCAUGAUCAGACACUGCUGGGCCCAGCCGAAUGUAAAUGUCAACAUCGUCGUGGGAAUCUUCUCCGGUCUCUGGAAGCACAUGGUUGAGAACCCUGGGCCUAAGAAGGUCCAGGACUUGGCGUCUGCCCUGAAGUUCGACGCCGAUGUUCUUGCACGCCUGAUGCGUCACCUCGGAGCAAUGGGAUACAUCAAGGAGACUGGUGAAGAUGAAUAUGAACUCACCAACUUCUCAAAAUCGCUCAGCCUCCCCAUGAUUGCUGGCGGAUACCCAGUCACUGUUGGUGGAUGCUGGCCGACGUUGGCCAACUUCCCCGACUACCUGAAGAAGAACGGAUGGAAGAUCCACGAAGACCCAAAGAAGGGGCCCAUGCAAGACGUCAUUGGCGAAGACAGUGCUUUCUUCCAGCACAUGAUGACCUACUAUCCCGACGGAGAGUUCCAGAAUCACAUGGCUGGCUACAGACAAGGCCGACCGUCAUGGAUGGACGAUGGUUUCUUCCCCGUGGCCGAGCACCUGAUCAAAGGAGCCAACACUUCCAGCGACGCUGCGUUCCUUGUCGACAUCGGCGGCAGCACUGGUCAUGACAUUGAUGAGUUCUGCCGUAAGCAUCCAAGUGCACCCGGUCGCCAUAUCCUCCAAGAUCUUCCCUAUGUGCUCGCACAAAUUCAGAAGAUUGACCCAAAGAUUGAGCCAAUGGAAUACGACUUCCACACCGAACAGCCCAUCAAGGGUGCGAGGGCUUACUACAUGCACUCCGUCCUGCACGACUGGACGGAUGAGGUUGGCAAGAGCAUCUUGUCCCGCAUAACGGCUGCGAUGAAGCCUGGAUACAGCAAGCUCCUGAUUAAUGAGAACGUGCUGCCUCCAACAGGCGCGAACUGGCAGACCACCGCACUGGAUAUGAUGAUGAUCACCCUGUUCGCUUCAAGGGAGCGAACGGAGGCGCACUGGCGCAACUUGUUGGAGCCGGCGGGUCUGAAGAUUGUUAAGAUUUGGUCCAAGGGUGAUGGAGUUGAGAGCCUCAUUGAGUGCGAGUUGGCGUAG